AUGUACAGGGGGCGCCAAGUGGCUCCUCGAGAGCAGAGAUUUCUGUUGCUGGAUACUCGACUCGUCGGACAUUCCCCAGACGGAUUGCAUGUCCAUCCACUCGGCUGGACAACCCUCACUCUAGAGAAACAGAGAUGUGAAGAGAGUGAGAGAAGAGAUACUCCACGGGUGGACACUUGAUUUCCGGAUAGUCCACGGUCAAAGAACGGCAAGGACGUCGAAAUCCGAGAUCAUCUGCAAGUGGAGGCUUUGAGCGGAGAUUGAUCCCGGUGGCAACAAGGGUUUUUUUUUUCGAAGUUCUUGGAAUUUUUUCAGUAUCUGAGUGUGAUUCCGAUUUUUUUAAAUGUAGGAUCAAGUACUUCCGGGAGCAAAACACAAACUUGAGACCUCUUCUCAUUUUACGUGUCUUUUGAAAGACCUUUGGAGAAAGUUAAGACGGUUUUUAAGCUUGAAAUUUAUUCUUCUUGGAGUUUUUUUUUUUGCAGACCUUUGGCUAGGAUUUGAGAGCCUUCCUAAGGAAUUUUAGCCAUAAAUUCAGUUCUUCGGAACUUUUAAAGGAACAGAGGAUGAUUCCCAAAAGUGGCUCGGAUUUAUAAACCGUGGAAUGAAGUUUCUUAGUUAUUCCACGUGCUUCGAAGCGAUUCUGGAACACGAAAACAAGAAAUAAGUCUUUGAAGUUAAUCUUGUUUCUUCUUUAAACUUUUUUCUACAAUCUCUUAGAGGCUGGAGUGGCCCGAGCCUUUGAUUAGAGUUUCUGGAAACGUUUUUUUGGAUUUUUGGUUUCAUUUUGAACUCUUGACGGUACUCGCAAAUAAACAAAUGUCUUUCAAGUUCAUCCGGAGCGUCUUGGGAAUCUCGAACCGACUUUUGAUUAGUUUCAGAAGGAACGUCAUCUUACUUUGCAGUUGGGAAUUUUUGGAAAGUCGGCCAGAACACUCCUUGAUGUACAGUUCAAAGAUUCUGAGACGAUUAACCUGCACAACUUCCUAGUUUUCAAAAAUUGACAUUUCAAAGUCCAAGGGUCUUUGAGGUGUCUUUUCUUGAAAACUAGUAAUUUGUGCAGGUUGAGACUUUCAGGACCUUCAUCUGGUAUAUCAAGGAAUGUUGUGGUCAAUUCUCGGGGAAUUCCGAACCGUAAAGGAAAAUGACCUCCCCUGUCAGCCGAACAACAAAAAGCUUUGAAAAUAAUCACGAAAUGCUGAAAUAACUUCUUCUCGAUCAAGUAGGUUCAAAGAACUCCCUGGUAUAUUGAAAAUCAUUUAAAAACUGCUGACAGGGCUGGUGGAGCACCUCCGUCGAUGGCAAUGGUGAAAAUCGGAUUUUUCAAGAACUUUGAAGGGAAUAUCAGCAAGAAAAGGUUGAUUGAAGCUCUAAUAAUUCUACGGGGCUUUCUAGAAGCUGUAGAAGAUACUGCUAAAACUAAAUUUUAGAAAAUAUUAUAAAGAAACUCUCCAGAAGUUCAGCACCAGAAGCCUUUUCAUGAAGUUUCCUUGAAGUUUGGGAAAAAGAAAGCGAAGAACGUUAUUAUUUUCAACCCUGCCUUGAAGAAAAAAAGGCCUGGAAGUUCAAGAACCAUGGAAUUCCGAGCUUCAGGUCCUUUAUGGAAGUCAAACGCUUCAGAAUCCCUGAACCUUGGCUUUUCAAAAAUUUUUCACAAAAGUGAGUGAAUACGUUUUUCAAAACAACUCUGCUAAGCAAAAAAGGACGCCUGGAACACCAUAUUCUGAACUCCUAAGCCGAGGUCUUCAAUUUGAAGCAAAGGAAAACGCUCCAGAAGCCACGGACGUGUGCGCACAUCCAAGACGUCCUGCGACGCAGUGGCGUUCCGGUUGGCAUCGGCUAGGGGGGCGAGCGCGAGAAACGGCGCGUCUCCGGCGGCGCCGCCCACCGGAGCAGCGACUCUCCUCCUAGUUGAGCCACGACCGCCGAGGCCUUGGUAUUUAAGUGCCACUCCUGGAGCCGAUUCUCCAUCAAGCAACAGACACUCGGUCUUCUUCUUCUUCCAAGGCUCCCAUUUGAUUCGCAACUGUCUUUGA